AUGUCGUUAAAAAUGUCGUUCAACAAACCAAAGCGCAAUAUUCGGCGACGGAAUUUCGACGAGGAGGAAGAAAACGAAAACAAAUCAACAUCCCAAGUAGAGGAGCAAUCAAGUCAUCUGAAGAAAGACAAGAAGGAAAAGAAACGUGAAAAGCCAAAACAAACGCUCCUUAGUUUUGGUGAAGAACUUGAAGAGGCCGAUGAUGGAGAGGUGUUCAAAGUAAAGAAAUCAUCUAGAAGCAGAAGACUAAUGAAGCAACUUGAUCUAGAGCGGAAGAAAAAGAAAGGUGAAGACAAAAUGAAAAUGGAUAGUGACUCGUCAAACAUGUCUAAUAAUCAGGAAAAAGAUUUAGAAAUAAAAACAGAUGAUCUAGUAGUAAAAGUAAAAAAUUCUGGACCUUUGAUUCUAAAUGGUAGAGAGGCUCUUACAGCUGGUAAAAAUGACUAUUCGGAUGAAGAUGAAGUUCCUGAAAGAAGCCAUAGAUUUCAAAGUAAAACAGAUAGAGCAGAUAAUAUGAAAUUUUUCCUUCAAAGUGGGUGUAUACCUGAUGCUGCUAUGAUUCAUGCAGCUAGAAAAAAAAGACAAAAAGCCAGAGAAUUAGGUCAGGAUUUCAUUCCAGUAGAAGAACCAAGUGAGGACACUACAGGAAAAGGAUCUAGAUUAAUUCGGGAAGAAGAUAAUGAUCGCAGUGAUGAUGAGGAGGAAAGAAUAAAUAUGACUGUUAACACUGAUGAACUACAUAAAAAAAUGCGUAGGCAGGCAAUUCUUGAUUCUCAAGCAUCACCAGAAAAAUUGUCUGAUCAAGAAAGUGCUCCAGAAGAAGAUGAGUGGGAAAAACAACAAAUUAGAAAGGGUGUAACUAGUUCAAUGAUGUCAGCUGUCCAAGAAUCUGUCGCUAUGCAAUACAAUUCUUCAGUAGGAUAUAGUCAUGGAUUAGAAACAGGAAUGAAGAUGAUGGGAAAUAUACCAGCAGCUCCACCACCACCAAUUAUUCAAGCCCCUGAUCCUUCCCAAACUGUUCCUGUUUCUGCUGAAGAUGUUUUAAAAAAGAUGCGUGAAAGAAUCGAACAUCUAAAAGAAGAACACAGAAGACACGAGAUUAAUUGUGAAGAAGUGGAACAGGAGCAAAUUUUGUGCAAGAAAGAAUUGAUUGAUGCAGAAACUCAGGGACCAGAGUGGGAGGCUCGCUACAAAUUUUACCAAGAGUUGCGUGGGUAUGUCACUGACUUGGUAGAGUGUCUUAAUGAGAAGCUGCCUAUCAUUUCUGCAUUGGAGUCCCGCUGGCUAGAUUUGUACGCUGAACGGUCAAACUUACUCAUCGAAAGACGUCGCCAAGAUACAAGAGAUCAAGCAGAAGAAAUUACCAAUGCUGCAAGGGGUUUCACUGGUAGAAGAGGACUGGAAGACGAUGCUCGAAUGCGCCGAGCAACGGAAAGGGAAGGCAGAAGAGCUCGCAGACGAAGAGCACGAGAGCUCCAAUCUCUUCCGCAGAGACAUGUUGACGGUAUGUCAAGCGACGAUGAAGUCACGGAACAACAGAAUCUAUCUUUCAGACAAACCAAGGAAAAAAUUGAAGAGGAAAUACACGAAGUCUUUAUUGAUGCAGAAGAUGACUUUUGUACUGUAAAAGGUAUUUUAGCGAAGCUUGAAAACUGGAAGGAAAAAUACAUAGAUUCUUAUAAAGAAGCUUACGUAUCUCUGUGCAUUCCUAAAAUGGUCUCUCCUAUUAUACGUCUAAGCUUAAUUACGUGGAAUCCGCUCAUAGAAAGCACGGAUUUUGAAAAAACCAAAUGGUAUAGUUCUCUACUAUUUUACACAAUGAAAUCUAAUGUUUCCGAAGAAGCGCUGCAAGCAGAUCCAGACAUACGAUUGGUUCCAUCAACUAUCGAGAAAAUCGUCAUUCCCAAAUUAACAACGAUUGUUCAAAAGAUCUGGGAUCCUUUGUCAACGACGCAAACGCUACGAUUGAUAGGACUUAUAAAUCGAUUUAUGAAGGACUACCCAACAUUGAAUAAAAGUAGUAAACAAUUAACUGCAUUGUUUGCCAUGGUUAUGGAGAAAAUGGAAGAUGCAAUUGACAAUGAUGUUUUCAUUCCAAUAUUUCCUAAGCAAACAAUGGAACCUAAACAUCCGUAUUUCCAACGUCAAUUCCACAUGGCUAUGAAGCUUCUGAGAAAUUUCCUCAGUUGGCAAGGUCUAAUUGAAGAUGAUUUGUUAAAAAACAUCGCAUUAACAUGUUUGUUGAAUCGAUAUCUACUCGCUGGAUUGCGAAUCAACACGUCAGUUGAUGCCAUGAACAAAGCAUAUAUGAUUAUGAUGAUGUUACCAAGAGCAUGGCUGCAAGGUAAAUCAAUGGACUCAUUGAAGAUGUUCGCAUCGGUAGUUAAACAAAUUAGCGAAGAUUUGGAUCAAGCAAAUCCAGCACACAACGAGGCGUGGGAGUAUUCCAAGGCAAUCUUGAAAGUGAUAAAAGUUUAAAGAGAAAUGUUAUGAAAGCGCCAAGUGAUUCUCUUUUACAAACUGACUCGAAUAUUAUAUAGACUACAAACAAAUUAAUGAAAUUGUUAAUUUUGCAUUGAUAAACGGCUACGUUUUGAUAAAUUUAAGAUUUGUAAAAGCAUCAUUAACUUUAUUUUUUUUGUAGAUAACUACUUGUAAUUGAACGAUGUAAAUAUAAUAACAUUACUAUAAAUAAUAAACAAAGUCAAAAAGAGCCUAAUAAUACAAUAAAA